AUGCCUGAAGAAAACUGCACCACGCUGACCGAGUUUGUUCUCUUGGGUUUCACCGACCGUCCGGAGCUGGAGAUACUUUUGUUUGGGCUCUUCCUCCUCAUCUACACCACCACCUUGGUGGGGAACGCUGGCCUCAUCCUGCUGGUCCGGCUCAAUGCCUGCCUUCAUACCCCCAUGUACUAUUUCCUCAGCAAUUUAUCUCUCUUAGACCUCGGCUGUUCCUCUGCCAUUGCUCCCAAGAUGCUGGUGAACCUGUUAGCAGAGCGGAAGACCAUUUCUGUAACUGGCUGCGCAACACAGAUGUUUCUCUUUGCAGCCGUCGUUGACGCCGAGUGCCUCAUUUUGGCCGCGAUGGCCUAUGACCGCUACGUGGCCAUAUGCCAUCCUCUUCUCUACGCCGCUGCCCUGUCCCGCAGGGUCUGCGCCUCCCUGGCAGCUGGGGCUUAUCUCAGCGGGGGUCUGACAGCGCUGGUGCACACGUUUUUCACGUUCACGCUGUCGUUCUGCGGCUCCAACGUCAUCAACCAUUUCUUCUGUGACAUUCCCCCGCUGCUGGAGCUCUCCUGCUCCAGCACACACGUCAACGAGCUCCUGCUCUUCGCCCUCUGCGGCUUCAUCCAAACCAGCACCUUCCUCACCAUCGUUGUCUCCUACGCCUGCAUCCUCAGCGCCGUCCUCCGGCUCCACGUGGCGGGCAGCAGGCACAAAGCCUUCUGCACCUGCACCUCCCACCUGACAGCCGUGGGGCUGUUCUACGGCUCCCUCCUCUUCACCUACUUACGGCCCAGCUCCAGCUACUCGCUGGGCACAGACAAAGUGAUCUCUGCGUCUUAUACCAUCGUCUUUCCCAUGCUCAACCCCCUGAUUUACAGCCUGAGAAACAAAGAGGUGAAGGAUGCCCUCAGGAGAACAGUAGAAAGAAGAGUGUUUUCUCUGUGA